AUGCACCCAUUGAAUCACUAUGCCGCAUACGUUUAUGGCUUAUGCUGCACAAGCAAAAGAGGAAAAUCCAUAUUCGACCAGUCCAUCUUGGCCCGGUACUGUUUGCCCUCCCUACGAUCAUACCAAGACGAUAAAUUCCGAAAUCGCCACGGAGAUGUGAAACUCGUGGGUAUUUGGGAUAGCCCAUGGUUCCUGGGUAUUCUCGAAGAUCUAGAAACAUCUCUCGAAGAUCUAGAAGUAGAGCAGCUCUGUGAUGGAGACGAAAAGACGCUGGACGAUUUAGACCGAGAGUACCGAAUGGAACGGCUUGAGCGUUUAUUCAAGUGGUAUAUUCGGUUCCUUGAGAAGCUCUUUAGGGCACUCAUGUUCAUUUGUGUCUUUUCGGUGUUCCCAAAUGAGCGUCGGCCACCAUGUAAGACAAUGCCUUGGGACAUCCUUCCAUCUCUGGCCGUACUUUGGGGUGUAUGCUGGAUGUUCUACACCCCCACGAAUGGAACCCAAGCAGAGGAGGACUACAGAAUCGGUGUGAACAACGCAUUUCUCAACUUUCCUCAUGCCUCCUUGGCCGAGAGCCCCGGUCACCAAUUCCCGUUUUCUACUUAUGAUAGUGAUCAAAACUGGGACUGGUCAAAUGUCGAUUUUGGAUACAUGACAGACCGCUUACAGCCAUGGGCAAUACCAGCGGAGGUGAAUCCUCUGCAGAGUACCUUCGAGCCAAUAUCGAGCUUCGGCAUCGACGCAGGCCUAGGGGUAUUCACGGUGCCGUCGACAGACAGUGAUGGCGGGAAAACCUUAGCGGGACACGGUAUAGCCAGUGCAAUGCCCAGGAACGAGUUCUCUACAGAAAAUAACAGAGCGACCGGCCAGUUUGACACGGCCGAUCGUCAGCAUGCUCCACCUCCUGCUCCAUCUAGAAGACAAAGCGCAUCCGGCGAGCCGGGUCAGAAAACCCAUCGUUCACAUCUCCUGCAAGACGAAGCGCUGUCAUCGAACGACACAUACUACUACUGUCCGGAGCCCAGCUGCGACCGAUCCAACAAGCCAUUUGCGCGGAAAGACAAUCGAGACGACCACAUCAAACGGAAGCAUGUGAAUUAUUUCGACCGAGAUUCGCAGAGUAUGCCAAGCAACUCUAUGCACCAAGAGAACGACAAUCAGGUAUCUGAUCUCGACUUCACCCAGCAAAUGGGUCCCGAAAUAGCGCAACGGCCAGCCACGGGGAAGAGAAAGCGUGUAGAGACCCAUGAAGCAUCCGCCGCAAGCUCAACAACCGCAUGCGAGGAUUGCGGUAGUGUUCAGGCCGAGAUUUCCACGCUAAAGCGAAGAGUGAUAGAGCUGGAGGACAAACUCAGAUCCUCGAAGGAGAAGGCGGAGACGCUGUCUGAGGUUAUUCGAGGUGGAUGGAAUCGAGGAAACUAG